UCAUGGCUUGGGCACUGGGAGCAUUGUGGUUGUUGGUGUGCUGGUCUCUGGCUAACACCCACCCUCUUUCUCUGGCUGGUGCCCCUAGUCAUGGAGCUGAAGGUGGGAACAGGACCAAGGUGGACCCAGAUGUGAUCGAACGCUGCUCGGAUGGCUGGGGCUUUGAUGCAGCCACCCUGGAUGAGCAUGGGGCCAUGCUGUUUUUAAGAGGGGAGUCAGUGUGGAAGGCUCCCAACUGGACCCGGGAGUUAAUCUCGGAAAGGUGGAAGGACUUCCCCAGCCCUGUGGAUGCUGCCUUUCGCCGUAGUCACAACAGUGUCUUUCUGAUCAAGGGGGACAAAGUCUGGGUAUACCCUCCUGAGAAGGAGAAAGAAUAUCCACAGUUGCUCCAAGAUGAGUUUCCUGGCAUCCCAUCCCCACUGGAUGCAGCUGUGGAAUGUCACCACGGAGAAUGCCAACAAGAGGGUGUCUUCUUCUUCCAAGGCACACACACGUGGUUCUGGGACUUGACCACAAACACCACAAAGGAGCGUUCCUGGCCAGCCGUCGGGAACUGCUCCUCUGCCCUGCGAUGGCUCAGCCGCUACUACUGCUUCCGGGGGAACCAGUUCCUGCGUUUCGACCCCGUCACGGGAGAGGUGCAGUCCAAGUACCCUCUGGAUGUCCGGGACUACUUUAUGCCCUGCCCUGGCAGAGGCCAUGCGCACAAGAAUGCGACCCACCAUGGGGAUGUGCGCUGCAGCCCAGAUCUAGUCUUGUCGGCACUGCUGUCUGACAACCAUGGUGCCACCUAUGCGUUCAGCGGGUCCAACUACUGGCGUCUGGACACCAGCCGGGAGGGGUGGCAUAGCUGGCCCAUUAACCAUCAGUGGCCUCGUGGUCCUUCAACAGUGGAUGCUGCCUUUUCCUGGGAUGAUAAACUCUAUCUGAUCCAGGGCACCCAGGUGUAUAUUUUCCUGACCAAGGGAGGCUAUACCCUAGUAGAGAAUUAUCCAAAGCGGCUGGAGAAGGAAUUUGGGAGCCCUAGUGGGAUCACCCUUGAUGCUGUGGAUGCAGCCUUUACCUGUCCUGGGUCUUCUUUGCUCCACAUCAUGGCAGGAGAGCGGCUGUGGUCGCUGGACCUGAAGUUAGGACCUCAAGCCACGUGGACAGAGCUUCAUUGGCCCCACAAGAAGGUCGAUGGGGCCCUGUGUACGACAAAAUUCCUCGGCCCCAACUCGUGCUCUGCCAAGGGUCUGGGCUUGUACCUCAUCCAUGGCCCUAAUUUGUUCUGCUACAGUGAUGUCGAGAAACUGACCGCAGCCAAGAAUCCUCCCCAGCCCCAGAGAGUAAACAGCCUCCUGGGCUGCCUUCCUUCAAAUGGCUCCUGA